AUGUUUCAUUAUUUCUUUAUAAGUGAUGGAACAUCGAGCCACUUCAAGAACAGUUUUAACAUUUUUAAUUUAACUCAUCAUAAAGAUGAUUUUGGACUUGAAGCAUGUUGGACAUUUAGCAGUACUGCUCAUGGCAAGGGUCCAUGCGAUGGACUCGGUGCUUCAGUCAAAUAUACUGCCACACGAUCAAUAACAACAUCAGGAGCUUUGAUUUGUUCUGCAGAACAAUUUUAUGAAUUUACAAUGGGUUUUAAUCAUAAUGCAGCAAAAGUGUCCACAACUAAUGAACCACCAAUCUAUGCUUUUUAUGUUAAUUCGUCCACAGUUGAACGUAUUUAUAGUGAAAUUCUCAAACCUCGUUGGGAAAAAUUAAUUAAAACCCAUCGUAUCAAACAUAUACGUUCUUUUCAUCAAUUCAACGUUCGACCUGAUCGUACACUCGUCUGCCAACGUACAUCAAAUUCAAUCGAUUAUAUGACAUUCAUCUACACAGACAAGGACAAGUCUGAGUCAUCAAUUCAACAAGUACAAACAUUAAAUGAACUUCAUUUUGGCACGUUUGUUAUUAUCAAUAAUAAUGGCGAGUUUCUUUUAUCUUAA